AUGGCGGACUACGACGACGACGUCGGUGUGUAUGUACAUGCUAACACGCUAAGAACUGCCAUUUAUGUCCAAAUGUUUCCAGAGGUUCCCAAGUACUAUAAAUUAUCUAAAAAAAAAGGUGACUGGCGAUCAAAACAUGAAGAAUUUAUAGCAAAUAUAAGGGCUGCCAGAGGUGUUACCCAUGCCUUAAAAACUGGUGCUCCUCUUCCACCUCCUCCUAAAGCAACACUAAACUUAGACUAUGUUGAAUGUCCAACGUGUAAUAGGCGGUUUAACGAAGGCGCUGCUGAAAGACACAUACCAUGGUGUGCAGAAAAAUCAAAACGGAUAGCUCCUAACGCAAGUAAAAAAGAACAGCUUAAAACAAGAACAGGGUAUAAACCACCAUUACCUGGACAGAAGAAAACCAGUCCAACUCAACGAGUCAGUAGUGGUGGAAGUAGAUCCAAUAGUGCUGGUAAAAGGGAUUCUCCCAAUGACAGAACGACAAUCAAUGGUAGAACAGGCAGUGGUGGGCUAGCAAAUGGUUAUACUAACAGAGGAAAAAAACAAAGUUUAGAGAGACUGCCAGGUAACAGGAAUGCUGAUUUAAACAGUUAUUAUGAUGAUCUUGACUACCCUGGUUAUAACAGCUUGUCACCUAAAGGAACAUCAGGGGGAGGGGAUAGUUAUGGAGGUGGGUCAAAUUCAAGGUCAACGUCUGCAGGGUCACGAGGGUCAGCUGGCAGCAGAGGAAUGAGAUCCAAACCUCCUAGUGGUACAAUGCAGAGGGAUACUAUAGUGACUAGAACACCUACUCCUCCUCUUUAUGGCAGGCCAUCAACAGGAAGUAGUAAUUUAACAAGACAACCUGCCGGCAGUAUGGAAAAUGUCAAUGGGAAAAGAGCUUCCAAAUUCUGCUAUGAAUGUGGUACAAAGUAUCCAGUGCCACACGCUAAAUACUGCUGUGAAUGUGGGACCAAAAGACCUUGGAUAGAAUAGAAGAGAAAAAAAAACGUUUCUGCAUUGCAAAGGUUACUACAGCCAAGGGAAAUAAUCCUCUCUGUGUCUUGUAUCACAUUUUGUUGCUAGGCGUUUUUUUUGGUUUGGGUAAAAAGAAGAUCAACGGUUGAAAAAACAAUAGAGAGUGUAGAAAGGAACAAGGACAUUCAAGUUUUUUUUAUUCUUUUAGGCAUGCAGGCAGGCAUCUUUGAGAAUUUUUUCCCUUGGCCUAUUUAUAUGGUCAAUGUGAUGUGUUCAGCCAAAGUGAAUUUACUGAUACAAGUUUUUGAUGUGUUAAAUAUUGUAAAUUGCAAUUGAGAUAAAUAUUGACACAAACAUGCAA